UAAGACAAAAUCUCUAGGAAACAAUGGAUUGUCCCCUUACCUUCAGGAGAGGAUUUUAUUUAUUUAAACCGUAAAGAAUGGUGACACCAUUUACUGCAACAUCCAGUGCCUCCCAUCUAUGCACCCCUGCAAGCUGCCUUUCUUCUCCCCACCACCACCUAGAGACCUUCUGGGCUGUCCUAUUUAGACGGGAACCUGUUUAACGUGAUGGUUUUAAAUAGCCUGGAUCUCACUGAAAACCGCCCCUUUCAUGUUUUUGUUUUGUUUUGUUUCGUUUUUUUGGGUUUUUUUUGUCUGUGUGUGUGUGUGUGCUCGGCUGAUAAAACAGGAAUUUUUGUGACCAAAGUGAAGCUCUCCCGAACCUCUUAAGAACAGAUAGGCUCCAGUAAAAUAGUUUUUUUCUCUCCUCUGGGUUUCCUGGAAUAACACAUUAAUUAAAAACAUAUAAAUAUUUGAGUCUUCCCCCCUCCCUUCUUUCUUCUGCCUAGGGUGAUGCAAAGGAAACAAAGCUUGGGUAAACCAGAUCAGAAAGAUUUGAAUGAAAACCUCGCUGCCACGCAGGGGCUGGCCCAUAUGAUUGCCGAGUGCAAGAAGCUCUUCCAGGUUCCCGAGGAAAUGAGUCGAUGUCGGAAUUCCUACACAGAACAGGAGCUGAAGCCCCUCACUCUAGAAGCACUGGGACGCCUGCGUAACGACGAGUCGGCUGACUACCAGCACUUCCUCCAGGACUGUGUGGAUAGCCUGUUUAAAGAAGUCAAGGAGAAGUUUAAGGGCUGGGUCAGCUACUCCACAUCGGAGCAGGCUGAACUGUCCUAUAAGAAAGUGAGCGAAGGACCGCCUCUGAGGCUUUGGAGGUCAACCAUCGAAAUCCCUGCUAUGCCUGAGGAGAUCUUAAAGCGCCUCCUUAAAGAGCAGCACCUCUGGGAUGUAGACCUUUUGGAUUCAAAAGUGAUUGAAAUCCUAGACAGCCAAACUGAAAUUUACCAGUAUGUCCAAAACAGUAUGGCGCCCCACCCUGCCCGGGACUACGUUGUUUUGAGAACAUGGAGGACUAAUUUACCUAAGGGGGCAUGUGCCCUUUUACUCACCUCUGUGGAUCACGACCGGGCACCUGUGGUGGGGGUGAGAGUCAACGUGCUCCUGUCCAGGUAUCUGAUCGAACCCUGCGGGUCAGGGAAAUCCAAACUCACCUACAUGUGCAGAGCCGACUUAAGGGGCCACAUGCCAGAGUGGUACACAAAAUCUUUCGGACAUUUGUGUGCAGCUGAAGUUGUGAAGAUCCGAGACUCUUUCAAUAAUCAGAACACUGAAACCAAAGACCCCAAAUCUAGGUGAUUACUGAAGCCAAGCGACUGCGUCCGCCGUCUGGAUAGUUGUUUCUAGAAUUCUUGCCAGUCCUUGGAAGAAUGCGUUCUGAGUCUAAUCUGAAACAAAGCAAACGACAAGUUGGAGUGUAGGAAUUGACUUUUCGUGAUUUAAGACAUUUUCAAAGCUGCUUCCUGUUUGUUUAAGGUCUAGAGUACAGACCUUGACUGGAAUAUGUAAGACUGUGCAAAAAAAAAAAAAAAAAAAAAAAGUAUUCUUAUCCAAACUGCUUCUGAGAAGCAAAACUAUAAAUACAUCAUGAAAAAUAAUGAAGAUACUUCAUUCUCUUGUGAUUCUGGCGUAUGUGUACCUAUGUCAUUUUAUUUGCAGCGUGCUGAGGGACUGGCGUAUCCACUGGAAUAGUUGGUACUCUUUGACAUGUUUCUCACUGAGAUGAGCAAAGAAAGGUUUGCACAGAGGAGUGUGUGUAUGUGUGUUUGUUGCUGGUCGAAUGGCACAGAUGUAUACGUUGGAACACAGUGUCUGGCACACUGAGAUGCCUCCCAGGAGGAUACUGAUGCGUCAGGUUCAGUUUAACCUGGAAUAUCUGACUGCCCAUGGAUCCAUGCAGAAAGGGAACCCCAAAACCCUCGCCCACUUAUUUUUUUUCCAAGUCAUUAAGCACAUUCCUUUUUUUACCAACCUCCUCUUUCCUUAAAGUAAUUGUAGUAGCUUGAUUCCGCUGUCCCGUCUCAAACACAGUACGUCUUUAGAUCUGAUUGCAAAUAGUGAUACACUUUUUACCCGGUAUAGAUCAGGUCAGGGAAGAAACUCCGCCCGCCCCACCCCCUUCCCCACCCUUACUAGCUCCAGAGCACAGUUUUAUUGUGUGUUUUUGUGUUUGUUUUUUAAGUCGAGAUGUAACAACUGAACACUCUAACAUCUCCUCAGUCGAGCCCCAGAACUUUUUACCUGCUGGAAUUUUUUGCAUUUUCAUGUUUCGAACCCAAACUCUUGAAGACAUACUGAAAACAUAGGAAACUACGUCUGUCCCAAGGAAAUCCCUGUAAAUUUAAACCAAGGUAUUAAAAUUUAACAACAGGCGUGGAUUCUGGUUAUUCGUAGCGCUUCUGAAAGCUGCCCAUACUUAGUAAUUGGAUCUGUCCUUUUCAGCAAAUAGGUUUUCUGGUUUUGUGACUUUUUUUUUCCCCCCUCGGCUUUGUUUUCCCUACAUUUCUUUUUCUUCCCCUUUAUAAUGAUGCCCCUGGAAUGUAUGUUAGUGGUAAAUGAAAAUAGCUAUUAUAGAAAGAAAACCCAAAAAAAGUGCCAGCACCGUUUUUUGGAAGGGUGGUCUUUAUACAGGUUUUACCGUAACCGUGAAGAUUGACUCAUGAGACAGUAUUAGUGACUUUAUUUUGUAUGGAUCAAAAGUGAAUAAUGUAUGAAUGAGAGUUGUAAGAAGGAGUUUUAUUUUGUUAUAACAUAUUAUAGUUACCAUUGUCAGUGUUAUUUCAAAGGUUCUUUGAAGAAUUUGCAGCGGGGGAAGAUUAGAGUUUUAAAAUUUGAGUAUUUUGGAUAUCAGUGUUCCUUAUGAAGAUAUACUUGUAUAUGCAAUUUUAAUAGCUUUCAGAUUUGUAAGAUUGUAUGUUGUAUAUACCAUUCUAUUAAGAUAAAGAAACAUGUCCACAUGUCCACUGUGCUUUCAAACCUAGAUAAAGCAUGACAAAAAUUAUUAUUUAAAAUAUACUUGUAUUUAUACCUCAGAUAUUCUUUUGGGUUUUGUACCUCAAUGCUUUUUUUUUUUUCCUAAUGUAAAUACACUUUACAUGAAUACAGUCUAAGUAAAAAAAAAUAAAAGAAGAGGUUUAUAACUUGCUCUAUAUCUGUACAGAAUAUAAUCCGUAAGUGCACUAUUAAAUGUUUAAAGUAAGGGAAAGGUCUGGCCUGCUUUCCUUUGUAUCGCAUCUCACGCCUACCCUUAGAACCACAGAUUGCAAAGCAUAUCAUCCUGGCAUCAGCCAAAAUGAAAAUCAGAUUUGCUGAAGGAAAAAUGGGACUGCAAAUAAUUUCAAGGCCAAACUGCAACUGAGCCACUCACUAACAAACAGGAAACCCUAGUGAAGGUUCAGGAAGCAUGGAGAUGCUGUCCUAACAAAGGUCGUUAGGAAACGAUGCUGAGAAAGUUAUAAGAAUAAGGAACCAGGAAGAGUAAGAUGCUCAUAUAAGCAAAGCCAAGGUCACCGUUUAAUUCCACAAAAGGUCUCUUUCCCACUGUUCAGCUUUCCUGUGGAAAGGAUUCCUUAACAUAUUUGACAACAGGAGAAUUCAGAGGAUGUGAAUGUUCCAAGAACUCUGUGUAAGUCACCUAAAGUGAUAUUGCCACAACUUACUAAUUGUGACUCAUCACCUAGAUUGUAAGCUCUUUGAGGGCAGGGCUCUCCUCCACAUCUUUAUAACCCCCUACAGCGGCUUUCAGCGUUUUGUACUUGUAGGCACCUAAUAAAUUUAUUAUUUGCUAAAUGGAA